UGUAUACUCGACCAAGCAGCGGAGGCCCGGACCGUAACGCCGUUACUCGGUCCUGUCAACGGAUGACAGCGAUCGACGUGCCAUGCGGUUCAUCCUUCGUGUUCGGGCUUCGGGACCGAUCGGCCUCUUUCUUGAUCCAGCCGCUGCCGAGACAGGACGCGUUAGACGAGCGAAGUUUUAGCGUGUGUGUGUGUGUGCGUGUGUAAUAAGUGUAAUAAGUGUAAUGUAAUAAAUAAGUUUUAAUUUGUUGUAAACCGCAAUCGUCCGCGUACCGGCAUCAUUGUCUCCCCCGAUAUCACCAACAUAAAAGUGGCGACGAGGAAAUUUGGUAAAAAAAAGUGAUACACACGCAGAGCAACAAUUCCUUCCUCACGCAAACGCCGUCGUACGGACUCAUCGAUGGAGGAAGAGCAGCGCCGUCUCUCGCAGCAGUUCGAAACCCCGGGUACUGCGUUACUACAACCCGGAUACGGCCAACCGCUCCCGUCAAACGCUCCAGCGGUCGAGCAGCAGGGAUCUCAAGCGUCCUCGGUACAUUUUUCGCCAUCGCUAUCAUCAGCGCCCACAAGCCUUCAUCCGCCAUCGCUCGCUCCAGCCGCUUCGAUGCAGCACCCGCCAUCGCUACCAGGCGUGUCACAAAACGGUGAGCCAACAAUGUAUCAAAUAAUGCAGCUUCUACGCCAAUUAAUGACAAAAAUUGAGCAACAGCCACCAGCAUCACUGCCCACAAACGCAUCGCAGCAGCAGCUACCAGUAGUGCAUCCGCCAAGUGCAUCACAGCAGCAACCACUAGUAUCGGAAAUCGCGUCGCAACCGCAGCAGCAGCAUCGGUCAGCUCCAGCCAAUCCGGAGCAAAUCCUGGACUCGCUGGCGAGAAACAUCACCGAAUUCCGCUUCGAGGCUGAAGCCGGUCUAACGUUCGAGGCGUGGUACUCGCGCUACGAGGAUCUGUUCGUCAGUGAUGCAGCCAGGAUUGACGAUGCGGCCAAGGUACGAAUGCUUAUGCGGAAGCUAGGAUCAAUGGAGCAUGAGAGAGAAGUUGCAGCAGCUACGAAAAAGGACCCUCUACUGCGCGAAGUGUACCGCUACGUCCAAUCGGGUUGGCCAGGCAAGGUCAGUUAUGGUGCGGAAUUGGCCCAAUUCCACAAUAGAAGGGAAGCACUGACGACCGUUGGCGACUGUAUCCUCUUCGGAGAGAGGAUUGUGAUUCCCGCAGCUUUGCAGCAGAGAUGCCUUAGACAGCUUCAUCAAGGGCAUCCGGGCAUCCAGCGAAUGAAGGCGAUUGCACGCAGUUUCGUGUAUUGGCCAUCAUUGGACAGCGACAUCGCCGAUCGAGUUGCUUCAUGCGAAGCAUGCCAGGCUGCGGCGAAAUCACCACCAUCCCAGAUACCAUCAUGUUGGCCGAAGCCACCUGGGCCUUGGCACCGCGUACACAUCGAUUACGCUGGACCUGUGGAGGGAGCCUAUUUCCUGAUUGCGGUAGAUGCCUACUCCAAGUGGCCGGAAAUCAUUAAAACUUCCAACGGCUAGGCAGAGCGAUUUGUGGAUACCUUCAAGCGAUCACUGAAGAAAAUACGGGCGAGGAACGUGUCCCUUGAAGAGGCCCUGGACUUGUUUCUUCUCACGUAUCGCUCAACACCAAAUCCUGCUUUGGACCAGCGCACACCAGCCGAAGUGAUGUUUGGAAGAACGACCAGGACAAUUCAUCAUCUAUUGCGCCCUCCUGCAGCAUCGGAGUCUACAGCGAAGGAUGACUUUCGUGAAUACCAGCCUGGUGAUUUAGUGUAUGCCAAGGUGUAUCGGGCAAACUCUUGGAAUUGGAUAGCAGGGAGGAUUGCUCGCAGAAUUGGCAACGUCAUGUACGAGGUUGUGUCGCACGACCAGAGAAGACUUCGGCGUCAUGUGAAUCAGCUCCGCCGCCGUGUCGCUAGCUCAUCAGAACGGAACGAGAUGGAUCAGCACCAAUUUCCCCUUAGUUUACUUUUAGAUGAGAUGAGUUUGACGUCUCGUCAGCAGUCGCCGUCCGCUUCGCUGCCAACGGAGCCAGCCUCAUCUUCAGCAGCACCGGCGCUGACAGGGGUUCAGCGAGCACCGGCAUCAUCGCCAGCAUCAUCCGUGCAACCGGAGGUACAACGAGCGGCUUCGUCUAGUGGCAGCAGCAACACCCAGCAGACGCAGCUACCACGACGAUCUUCUAGGACUAGAAGACUGCCUCGUAGGUUCAGCGCGUAUCGGCUGAAUUAAAAGGGGGAGGUGUUGAGUGUAUACUCGACCAAGCAGCGGAGGCCCGGACCGUAACGCCGUUACUCGGUCCUGUCAACGGAUGACAGCGAUCGACGUGCCAUGCGGUUCAUCCUUCGUGUUCGGGCUUCGGGACCGAUCGGCCUCUUUCUUGAUCCAGCCGCUGCCGAGACAGGACGCGUUAGACGAGCGAAGUUUUAGCGUGUGUGUGUGUGUGCGUGUGUAAUAAGUGUAAUAAGUGUAAUGUAAUAAAUAAGUUUUAAUUUGUUGUAAACCGCAA